UGUGGUUAGUGUUGGGACAAGAGUCGGAGCGUUGUCCCUCGAAUGAUCAGACGGGCUUUUUCCGCACCAUGUUUGGGUGGAGAUAAAGUUGAACUUGUGAAGGAGAUCUCAGAAGGAUAACAUGAACAGUAUCUGGACCCUCGUGCUGUCUUUUGGUGUUUCCGCCAUGACACAAGAUUCACCCAGUGCAACGUUGUUUCUGGUCUCGGGUCCAGAUGUCCUGCAUGCUGGUUUACACACUCCCAUCGCUGUGACUGUUUUUGCCGACUUCCCUGGCAAUGUAACAGCUGAGGUGACACAUGGCAGCACUAAAGUAGCGCAAACAGGGGACUUCCAAGGAGGUGUGACCCGCGUCCUCAUGCUUCCACCUUUUCCUGGCUCUUUAUCACAAAACACGCUUUUAAACUUAACUGUGAGGGGCUACGGAGAGAAUCGCCUCCUUUUCACCAACACCACCACCCUGACCUUCAACCUCAGGACCAUUUUGUCCUUCAUACAAACCGACAGAUCAAGCUACAAACCGGGGGAUGCCGUCAAAGUCAGAGUCGUCUCUCUCCAGCUGGAUAACAAACCAUACAAAGGCAGGGUGGAAAUUUCACUAAAGGAUCCCAAUGGGAAAUCUGUCAACAGCUGGAACACCACAGGGAAUAUGGGGAUUGUCUUGAAACAAUUCAAUUUACCCCAAGUGUCUCCUAUUGGACAGUGGAGGAUCGCAACAACAGUGAACGGGAUGACCGAUGAGAAAUCAUUCAUUGUAGAGCAUCAUGGUCAGGCAGAUAAAGGGGCUCCUCAUUUCAAUGUGAUGGUCAAAACAAUGUCUCAAGUCCUUCUUGAAGAUGACCUCUCAGGAUUGGUGACAGCACUCUAUCCCAAUGGACAGUCUGUACGUGGCACAUUAAACGUCAUGUUGAUGCCUUUUAUAAACAACAGAACCUCUCCACCUCUGCAAAUCCAAACCAAACAGAUGGAUGGGUACGCACAGUUUUUCUUCAGCAGAGACCAGCUUCAGUCUCUAUACUCCUCCUCAGCGACCAGCAACAAAGGUCAUGUUCUACACGUUGCUGUCCAGGUCAAAGAUAGCACCACGGGAUUUACUCUGAACAAAACUGUUCAAGUCCAUGUUUUCCAAAACAAAUUCCAGCUCAUGUUCCUCGACUUUCCAUCAACUCUAAAGCCGUCCUUAAACUUUUCAGCAAACCUGAGGAUCGUCAGAUAUGACGGAAAGUCUCUCAGCUCGUUGGAUUUGAAGCACUCUGCUGUGGUUGAAGUGACUCAGAGAACCUCUUCGACGAACUCCACCACUAUGAGUCUAACUCUGCCUGUGCCAGAGAAUGGCAAUGUACUCAUAGAGUUUAAAACACAAGAUCAAGUAGAGAUGCUUUUCCUACGGGCCACAUUUCAAUCCUAUGAGGAGGCCCUGACGGUAUACACCAACUACUCCUCUCCCACUGGCUCAUAUAUUCAGAUCAGACCAGUCAACUCAUUGCCUACACAGAUUGGACUGCCACUUGAACUCAAUGUGGAGAGCACCGUCUCACCAGAAAGACUUCACUUUGUGGUGAGCUCUAAAGGUCAAGUGAUAGCUGCUGGGACAAAAAACUUCUUUUCGUCUAUCGCUCUCACGCCAGAGCUGUCCUGGUACCCUGAGGCCUGUGUCACCGUCUACUACGACCAUUAUGGGGAAAUUAUUAGUGACACAACCUACAUUUCUAUGUACAACCAUGUGACUCUAAACUGGAGCAGCGAGAGGGCCCGGCCAGGUGAGCAGGUAUCGCUCAGUGUGGCUGCCAGUGAAUCCUGGUUUCAAGUAGGAAUUGUAGUCAUGGCGAUGCAAAAUGAGGCCCUGCAGUCUGAUCUGGACCACAGAGUUGAACAGAUAUGUAAUCUUAAGAUGAUGAGCAAUGGACGAUUUUAUAUGAAAAAUGAACCUAAAAAUGAUGAACAUAAGUUGAUUUUAGAGCGAUACUGGAGCCAGUGGGGGGAGGAUGCUGAGUCUCUGCUGUGGUUGGACACAAGUGUUAGUGAUAAGAACUGGACCAGUGGGAAAAUAUCAGUACCUGAAGGUGUCAGCUCUUUAGGAGCUGUAGCACUAUUAAUGUCAGAGAACCUGGGUUUGAGUUUCACUCCUGUGCCACAAAAGCUGACUAUAUCCAAAGAUUUCUCCUUGUCUCUUGUUGUCCCUCCAUACCUCAUCAGAGGAGAGGAGAUUGUCUUGGAAGUAAAUGUCAUCAACCAUUUAGAGCAAGACAUUGAGGUGAUUGUGCUGGUAGCACAGAGUGAUGCCUUUGAGUUUGUUUUAAUGGACCGAAGGGAUGCAUCUGUUAUAAAUGCCCAGAGACUUACCUUAGGUAGAGACGUGUCCGUCUCAGCCCUAUUCCCUAUCAGGGCUGUGGGUGUUGGCGAGAUGGAAAUAUCUGUGGACGCCGUGUCAGCAGACGCCUCAGAUGGUCUUGUUAGAAAAAUCUGGGUGAAGCCUGAAGGAGUUGAGCAGACCGUCUCUCACACUUUGCUCUUGGAAGUUGCACCGCAUGAAGAGAACUCGUCCAGAUCCAUGUCCUUCUCCUUUCCUCCAAACCUGGUACAGGGAAGCCAGAGGGCCCAUGUAGCACUGGUUGGUGAUAUCUUGGCUCUGUCAAUUGAACAUUUGGAUUCACUGAUUCAGCUCCCUACUGGUUGUGGAGAGCAGAACAUGAUCCACUUUGCUCCAAGUGUCUAUGUUCUCCAAUACCUAGAGAUGUCGACCCAGAAUGAUGCAAAGAUCAGAAGCAAAGCUCUAAGCCACAUGAUGCAAGGUUAUGAGAAACAACUAUCCUUCCUGAGAGAGGACGGUUCCUUCAGUGCUUUUGGAGAAAACGACACCUCUGGCAGCACCUGGCUGACAGCCUUUGUGCUGCGAUGCUUCCUCCAGGCUCAGCCAUUCAUGCAGAUAGACAAGACAGUCUUAGCCAAGGCUGCAGCCUGGCUCGUGAAACACCAAGGUUCCCAAGGGGAGUUUUCUGAGGUCGGUGAGGUUAUCCACACUGCGAUGCAGGGAGGGUUGGACGAUAGUGUGGCUCUGACUGCGUAUGUGGUUUUGGGAUUCAUGGAGGACAAGGAAUUCUCUGGCAAGUAUGUAGAUAGUGUGUCUCUGGCCCUGAUGUACCUGGAGGGCCAAGUGUCCAGCGGUGUGGUCAGCAAUUACAGCCUGUGUUUGGUGGCUUAUGCUUUAGCCCUGAGCGGCAGUCCUACAUUGGAAAGCGUGAUCUCAGAGCUCAAAGGGAGAGCUGAUGACAAAGAUGGCGUCAUGAUGUGGACGGUCUCCGGGGGCCUGGGGUCAAACAAGCAGCAGCAGCGUUCGGCACAGAUUGAGAUGGCCUCUUAUGUGCUGCUGGCUCUGUUUGUGCGUGGCAACUUCAUCGAAGGCAUCUCACUCAUGAAGUGGUUGAGCAUGCAGAGAAGCUAUCUAGGCGGCUUUGGAACCACUCAGGACACCGUAGUCGCCUUCCAAGCUCUGGCUUAUUAUGCUGCAUUCAGCGGUGCAGGUGCCAUCAACCUUCGGUUCAACGUAUCUUCCCCCGUGUCUUCCUCCGUGUCGCUGUUUUACAUCAAUCCGACCAACUAUCGGGUUUAUCAAAGCCAAGAGAUUAAUCCUGACAAAGAUUUACCAUUAAAUAUUUACAUGGAAGGAAGAGGAUUUGCCACGUUUCAGGUGAACAUCUUUUACAACGUGAACAGCACACAGGAUGUCGGGCCAGUUACAGAUGAGGACGCAUUCACGUUAGACGUUGAUCUUACCAACAGUGACUCCGAUCAAAUGAUGCUGUCUGUAUGCACAAGAUUAAAGGAUAAUCAGGCAAUAGAUCGCACAGGUAUGGCUAUAUUGGAUGUGGGCAUGUUCAGUGGUUUCAGUCUCCUCCCCGGAGCUGCAAUCCAGGCGAACUUUAUCAAGAAAGUGGUGACGGCGCCCGAGAGAGUCAUCCUGUAUCUGGAUUCUGUCAACAAGACGGAGGUUUGCGUCAGUCUUCCUCUUGUAAGAAACUAUAAAGUGGCCCAUGUACAGGAUGCUGUGCUGCAGGUUUAUGACUACUACGAACCAACAAGGAAAACAGUACGAAUGUACCACUCAGAUAGUCUUCAAAACACAGACUCCUGCUCUUUCUGUGGCAAAAACUGUGACCGCUGUAGGCCUGGAAUCACCAUCGCCGUGACUGCCCCUCAGUCAUCUCACUCAGCAAGAGCUCCUUCCUUCAGAUUGACUUCCCUGAUUGUUGGAGUCACUGUUUUCCUUGUUUCACUCUGAAAAGAUGAGCAAUAAUAUACACCCAAUGCAUGACUAUCUUACACAAACACUUGACAACCGACUGUAACAUUUAGGGGGCUGUUUUGCUGAGUGCACUUGCGCCAUCUACUGUUUACAAUCUGUUUUGCAUUGUUUUGUUCAAAAGAAGUAAAUCCAUGACUGAUAAUUCAUUUAAGUGGCUCCAUUUUCUAUUUUUUUUGGUGUCCAUUCAUUGUUUUAGACCAUUUUUCUACUUAUGUUUCCAUGUAAUGGCUGUCAUAGAACAUCUAAUAAAGAACAUAUGCAUAGAUGGCAAAAGUCCACAUGAAAGAGGAUUUAUUUCUAAGCUCCAUGUGUGUCCUGCUGCUAGUCUUCUGGCAAAAAAAUGCAGACAUAUCAAGAUGUCUCAGGAUAUAUAAAGUCUGAAAAAAGAUUGUUGAUAAAGAAAAUCUUGAGUGACCCGUGAGUUCGAUGGUUUUACUCAUACAAAUAUAUGGGCUUUCUUGAGUGAA